GUCGCACGUGGGAGGGCGCGGGCAGCGCCGGCCGCCGCUGUCGUGUCGCUGUCGCCUCCGCUCGUAGGCCUCGUGCCGGCUCCCGGGCGCCCCGGAUCCUCCUCCAGCCUGCGUCGGAGCACAGCGCACUCGCCGCCGCCGGUCUUCCUACGCUCCCAUGGUCACCCGGUGCCUUUGGGCGGUGCGAGGCCUCCACAGAGUUGGUGGUUCCAGGUUCUUACUCAGAAUGACUUUAGGAAGACAAGUGAUGUCUCCUCUUCAGGCAAUGUCUUCUGAUACUGCGGCUGGCAGAAACGUUCUGAGAUGGGAUCUUUCACCAGAGCAAAUUAAAACAAGAACUGAAGAGCUCAUUGCACAGACCAAACAAGUGUACGAUGCUAUUGGAAUGCUUGACAUUGCGGAAGUAACUUACGAGAACUGUUUGCAGGCACUGGCAGAUGUAGAAGUGAAAUAUAUAGUGGAACGAACCAUGCUCGACUUCCCCCAGCAUGUGUCCUCAGACCGAGAAGUACGGGCCGCCAGCACAGAGGCAGACAAAAAGCUUUCUCGGUUUGAUAUCGAGAUGAGCAUGAGAGAAGACAUAUUCCGGAGAAUCGUUCACUUACAGGAAACCUGUGAUUUGAGCAAGAUAAAGCCUGAAGCCAGACGAUACUUGGAAAAGUCCGUUAAAAUGGGGAAAAGGAAUGGACUCCAUCUACCAGAACAAGUACAGAAUGAAAUCAAAGCAACGAAGAAGAGAAUGAGUGAGCUCUGCAUUGACUUUAACAAGAACCUCAAUGAGGAUGAGACCUUCCUUGUCUUUUCCAAGGCUGAACUUGGUGCUCUUCCUGAUGACUUCAUUGACACUUUAGAAAAGACAGGUGAUGACAAGUAUAAAGUCACCUUAAAAUACCCACACUACUUUCCUGUCAUGAAGAAAUGUUGUAUCCCUGAAACCAGAAGGAAGAUGGAAAUGGCUUUUCAUACAAGGUGUAAAGAGGAAAACACCGCGAUUCUGCAGCAGCUGCUCCCGCUGCGGGCCAAAGUGGCCAGACUCCUCGGCUACAGCACACAUGCUGACUUUGUCCUCGAAAUGAACACAGCGAAGAGUACGAGCCACGUAGCCGCCUUUCUAGAUGAUUUAAGCCAGAAAUUAAAGCCCUUGGGUGAGGCCGAACGUGAGUUUAUUCUGAAUUUGAAGAAAAAAGAAUGCAAAGAGAGAGGUUUCGAAUAUGAUGGGAACAUCAAUGCGUGGGAUCUCCAUUAUUACAUGACUCUCACAGAAGAACUCAAGUACUCUGUUGACCAGGAGGUCCUCAAGGAGUACUUCCCAAUCGAAGUGGUCACUGAAGGCUUGCUGGACAUCUACCAAGAGCUGUUGGGACUUUCAUUCGAGCAAGUGACCGAUGCACAUGUGUGGAAUAAAAGUGUAACACUUUACACUGUCAAGGAUAAAGCUACAGGAGAAGUAUUGGGACAGUUCUACUUGGACCUUUAUCCAAGGGAAGGAAAAUACAACCACGCCGCCUGUUUCGGUCUCCAGCCCGGCUGCCUGCUUCCGGACGGGAGCCGGAUGAUGUCUGUGGCCGCCCUGGUGGUCAACUUCUCCCAGCCCCUCACACACCGGCCCUCCCUGCUGCGGCACGAUGAAGUGAGGACAUACUUCCACGAAUUUGGCCAUGUCAUGCAUCAGAUCUGUGCGCAGACUGAUUUUGCACGAUUUAGUGGAACAAAUGUGGAAACUGACUUUGUAGAGGUGCCCUCACAAAUGCUUGAAAAUUGGGUCUGGGACAUUGAUUCCCUCCGAAGGCUGUCGAAGCAUUAUAAAGAUGGAAGCCCUAUUACAGACGAUUUGCUGGAGAAACUCGUGGCUUCUAGGUUGGUUAAUACAGGUCUCCUAACCUUGCGCCAGAUUGUCUUGAGCAAAGUUGACCAAUCCCUCCAUACCAACACGUCGCUGGAUGCAGCAAGUGAAUACGCCAAAUAUUGCAAAGAAAUCUUAGGCGUUGCAGCCACUCCAGGUACUAAUAUGCCGGCUACAUUUGGACAUUUGGCAGGGGGAUACGAUGGCCAGUAUUACGGCUACCUUUGGAGUGAGGUCUUUUCCAUGGACAUGUUUUACAGCUGUUUUAAAAAAGAAGGGAUAAUGAAUCCAGAGGUUGGAAUGAAAUACAGAAACCUAAUCCUGAAACCUGGAGGAUCUCUGGACGGCAUGGACAUGCUCCAGAGUUUCUUGCAGCGUGAGCCAAACCAAAAAGCGUUCCUGAUGAGCAGAGGCCUGCAUGCUCCUUGAGCCGGGGUCGCUGAUUGCUGUCCAUGUCUGCGGGACAAGUCAACGUCGCCAUAUGUUACUGACCUGGAAACUGAAGGGAGUUUUGGCAAAUGCAAAUUUAGAUUUCUAUUGACUGCCUUUUUUUUAAACUUUGAAAAAUUAUACAGAUGUAAAUGGAAUUAUAAAUAUUCUGACCUAAGAAAAGACCCAUUGGAAAACAAUUGUACUAUAAAAUUUCAUAAAAAUGGAUGUGAUUUCUUUUUAUAAAAGUUUUCAUAUGAAUGUAAUUUGAUUUUUUUAUUAUUGUAACCUAGAUAAUGUAAUGUAAGAGGGCUAAGAAUUUUUAAAUUGAAUCAAAUGCAUUAUUUAAUUUGAUCCUUCUUCUAUCGUGAAGUUUUGUCCAUAAGAUUUCUGGAAUGCUGAAUGAAUCACUGUGUUCCUCUGGUAAAUGUUUCCUUGGAAGCCGGCAUCCCUCUGACUGUGUCGAGGCGGGCGGCAGUGCUCUGCCUGCCAAUCUCAGGGCCAGCAUGCUCAGCUGCACUCACGCAUUUAUCGUCGUGUUUCAGGCUGCGUGACUCCCAACCUUCUGCUAGACUUAAAUUGGCCUCUUCCGUUUGGGUUUGUCUUUUCAGUGUAAAAUGUUAUCAGAGCUUACCAAAACAGCAAGAGUUUGAACUAAACUGGCCCCAGGGACUAUUUUUAAUAUCUUGUACCAGAGGUUCAUUGCCAUGUAAGCGGGCAAGAUUGUCCAUCUUUUGGCGUAUUUGCCCACUGAAACACGAAAGUGAGUGCAGGAAUAUUUUUCCCUUGCCUCCUUUGCCUCCCGCAAACACACCCAGAGUGGCAGAUGUGCAUGAUCACAGAUGGCUCUAUGUGGCGCCUGAGAAGGGGGCCCAAGUAUUCUGAGACUCCGGAAGAGAAGGGGCUCCUGGACAGAACAGUGGGGACAAAUUUUGCCUGUAGUUGUGUGAGUGUUCACUCAGCCAGGCGGAGGAGGAGCUCCUGGGUGCCAAUACGCAUUUUCUGUAACAUCGGCAUUUCUUUCACUGUCUUUCCAUCGGCCUUAAUUCCAGUUUGCAGCAGACGAGGAUAAACUCACAAUCCUCACUUGUCUGUCUUGUUCUCCAGAAAUCUUCCCAAUAAGAAAAUCAGAAUGCGACAAAUUUUUUUUUGUUGUUUUCAAUGGAAACACACACACACACACACACACACACACACACACACACACACACACACAGACUCUGAAUGUACUUACACUGUUUAGGUCUUCCUUUUGCUUCCCAAAUGAGUUUACCUGGCAGUGACUUGGCUAGCCAGGAAUAAGAUCAGAAUCUCUCUUUCCUCCGCACCAAAUGAAGAUUGUGUUACAUAAAAAGUCACUACGCUGCAUAAUUAAAUAAGCAGCAAAAGGAAAAAAUCAAGAGCUAUAGACACCAAGAAGAACAUUUUAAGAUGGUUUUCUCCAAGCAAAUUCCUUACACUUCCCUAUGCAGCCCUGCCUUCCUUUCUGAGACCACCACCCGGCCUGCCUCUGCUCCCCAAAGCUCUGCUUACCUGGUAUCUUCCUGCACCCUCUACCUUUGGUCUGAUGCUUAAUAUCUUCCCGCACCCUGUACCUUCUGUUUUUCAGUUUUAGACUAAAACUCUCUUCAGCUUUUUCUAUUGUUCAGUUGCCUCCUUUAACAAUAAAUUUAUCAUUUUAAGUAUUGAAUUAUUUCACAUGUAAAAACUAAUACGUGGUGUGAAAAGGCAGCACAGAAUAAAGACACAUUGUUGCCCAUGAAAA